AGUGCACGUUCUGGCGUCGAAGCAUCUACAGCUACUGCCGAUACGGUCGCACAAACCAUCAACAGUCGAAAUCGCAAUAUCUUUACGCGUUUAGCAUAACACAACGUUAUCGUAUUAUUAUAUUGUACACGGUGUACAGUAGUUUUCGAAAAUAAUAACUCGAUACCAGGUUCAGUGACAGUUCGUGUGGAAAAAGUUUGCUGAUAAUAAAAUGAGUCGGUUACUUACGGUGUUGGUGUGCGUAGUGGUGAUUUUAGCGUUAGGAGACCGCUCCGAAGCUUAUUGUGGAUUACGAUCCGGUGACGGCAACGACGGAGGCGGUGUAGACAGUUUCAUAACGUGUCUCAAAGCCAAGGCAAUCGUUACAAUGGACCGCAUGUCACGGGACGAUUCAUUGCCCGUAACCGGAUCAGUGGCCUUAGUUCACGGAGACUUAGCUCACCGUCGGCAACGAUCGGAACAAAGUCCAGUGGUUAACGAACAAGAACUUCAAUCAAAACCAGACGAAACCCUCAACCAUAUGCUCUACGAAAAAGCGGUUGGACUUCUCAGCGGCCGGGUUAUUAAAGUUGGUUUACCUGAACUCACACCAGACGAGUUGAGGACAGCUUUGGAAGAAGGUCGUGGAAAAAUGAAGAAAAACAUGGGAAUGAUGAUGACGAUGGUCGGCAUGAAGGCAAUGAUGAUCAUCCCGCUGGCACUUGGCCUACUGUUUCUGAUGGCCGGUAAGGCAUUGAUCAUCAGUAAAAUAGCACUGAUUCUGUCACUGAUCAUCACGCUCAAGAAACUCUUAUCGAAGUCUGGCGGCGGCGGCGAGCACAUUAUGCACGAGAGCCACUCGUCAUCAGGUUCCGGAUGGCCGUCCGGUGGAAGUUCAGGCGGUGGAGGCUGGGACAAGAGAUCUUCGUCGUCGUCGUCUGAGGCUGCUGCUGCUGCAAGUCAAAUUUUGGCUUACAGAUCGUAUAACAGGCCAUAUUAAAUAUAUAAUUACAAAAGUUAAAAUUAAAGCGUUAUUCGACAACGUGUAUACGUCACAUUGUUAUGAUACGAUUAUUUAUUUUAUUAGUUAGUAGUAUUUAUUAUAAUUUAUCAUUAUUAUAUUAUUGUUCAAAAGAAUAAUUUCAACCAUUUAUAUAUAUAUAUAUAUAUAAUAAACUGCCAAGUUCUGACUCUAAGACCACAGCCAUACGAUAAAAAAUUAUAAUAUUUAAAUAACAUUUGAUGUUGUUAUAUUAAUAGGACUUUACAAUAUUAUAAUAAUUUAUUCAACGCUCACCAUUUUUUUUUUAUGUACUGUAUAGCGUGUUAUUUUUCUACAUUUUCCAUUCGUUUAUAAAUUGCACUA